UGUCACUCAGUGGUCACUCAGGGUCACUCAGUGUCACUCGGUGGUCACUCAGGGGUCACUCAGUGUCCGGCCAUGCUCCGGCCGUGGCUCCUCCUGCUGCUGCUGCUGCUGCUGGUGGGAGCUCAGGACCCUCCUGGCCUUCAUCACCAUCAUCAUCAUCACCAGGGAGAGGAGGAGGAGCUGAGCCUUCAUCACCAUCCUCAUCAUCAUCCUCAUCAUCAUCAUCAGGGAGAGGAGGAGGAGCUGAGCCUUCAUCAGCAUCAUCAUCAUCAUCAUCAUCAGGGAGAGGAGGAGGAGCUGAGCCUUCAUCAUCAUCAUCCUCAUCAUCAUCCUCACCAUCAUCAUCAUCAGGGGGAUGAAGGCCACAGCAGUGACCACCUUCAUCAUCAUCAUCAGGGAGAGGAGGAGGAGCUGAGCCUUCAUCACCAUCAUCAUCCUCAUCCUCAUCCUCAUCAGGGAGAGGAGGAAAGGGGGGAUGAAGGCCACAGCAGUGACCGGCACCAUCAUCAUCCUCACCAGGAGGAAGGAGAGGAAGGGCUGAGCCUUCAUCACCAUCAUCAUCAUCAGGGGGAGGAAGGCCACAGCAGUGACCAUCAUCAUCAUCACCCUCGCCAGGAGGAGGAGGAAGAGCUGAGCCUUCAUCAUCAUCAUGAUGGAGAAGGAGAGGAAGGGCUGAGCCUUCAUCAUCCUCAUCCUCAUCAUCACCACCAGGGGGAUGAAGGCCCCACCACUGACCAUCCUCAUCCUCAGGAGGAGGAGGAGGAGGAGCCCCUUGACCUUCAUCACCCUCCUCCUCCUCACCCCCAGGGCGACGAAGGCCGCGGGGGGGAUGAAGGCCGCGGUCGCCAUGGCAACGGCGAUGAUGAAGGCCGCGGGGGGGAUGAAGGCCGUCGCCAUGGCAACGAUGAUGAUGAUGAUGGUGAUGGUGAUGAAGGUCGCCCCCCCAGCUCUGAUGAAGAUGAUGAUGAUGAUGAUGAUGAAGAUGAAGGCGGCAGCUCCGAGGAAGAUGAAGGGAGUGAGGAGGAGGAGGAGGAGGAGGGUGAGGCCGAAGGCCGGUACAGACCCGGCUCCAUCUGCAGCUACUGCAGCUACUGCGAGCGCUGCCGCCUCUGCUCGCGCUGUCCCUGCUCCGAGGGCGACCCCGGCGCCCCCUGCCCCCCCUGCCAGGGCUGCCAGUUGUGUUACCUGUGUCCCCUGCUGUGCGACACCGCCUGCCGGCCGGGCAGUUUGCUGGACGAGCUCUCGGCGGCGCUGUUGCAGUCUCUCGCCAAAAUUUUGGAGCCCCCCGAAGCCUGAGAGGAUUUUGGGGAGGGGGAACCCCGGAUUUGAAGACCCCUCCCCCCAAAAUUUGGGAUUUUUGGGAUUUUUGGGGAGGGGAAAUAAAAAUGUUGGAAGGAUGGGUUUGG